AUGAUCUCAAAAAAAAACUUUUGCAUCCCUUUUUCGACCUUUAAAGUUUGUUCCACUAAACUCACCGUUUUUAAGGACCUGAUUGGCACAGGUAACUUCUGUAAAGUGUAUAAAGGAAUGUAUGAACGAGAAGAAAACGAUAUAAUCCAAGUGGCAAUCAAGAUUUGUCAUGGAGCGUCGAUUGAUACGAUGACCGAGGAAUCGAAAAAAGCCAGGGAGUCCAUGAUGCAUGAAGCUCAUUUGAUGAGUUACUACGUUCACAAGCACGUCAUACAGAUUUGUCAUGGAGCGUCGAUUGAUACGAUGACCGAGGAAUCGAAAAAAGCCAGGGAGUCCAUGAUGCAUGAAGCUCAUUUGAUGAGUUACUACGUUCACAAGCACGUCAUACAGCUGUAUGGCGUUGCCUGCGACCACUAUCCAGUAAUGAUUGUGAUGGAAUUCUGUCCCGGUGGUAAUUUACAAGAUCAUCUUCAAAAGUACAAGGAGAAAAUAGAAGUACCCGAGUUAAUCUGCUAUGCAUCAGAGGCAGCACGAGGAAUGAGGUAUCUUCAUUCGAAAUCGUGUGUUCAUCGAGAUCUGGCAGCCAGAAAUUGUCUCAUAUCAGAGAUGGGUUUUAUCAAAAUUUCCGACUUUGGAUUAUCGAAAAUAGCCGAAGAACUAGGAGGCAAAGGUGGAGAAAGCGAAGGCGAACCUCCAUUAGAACAAAUUCCAUUACGCUGGAUGGCUCCAGAGUGCUUGAAACGCCCGCAAUUGUGGUCACUAAAAAGCGAUAUUUGGAGUUAUGGUGUGCUUCUUUACGAAAUAUUCAAUGAGGGUCAGAAGCCAUGGCCAGACGAUCCACCGAAAAAAAUUGCCACUCUCAUAAGGAAGGGCAAAAUGCUAGAAUUCCCAGCCAAAACUCCACCUGCCAUUAAAGAUAUGGUGGGGAAGAUUUGGUCGCUCAAUCCCGACCAAAGACCGACAAUGGAUGAGAUUUCAAAGAAGAUCACCAUGCUCCGAAAAGAAAUCAAGGUCUUC